ACUUUCAACAAAUGUUUUGUAAGUUUUGAUUUUUAAAUUUUUUUUAAAUUUAUUACUGAUUAAGUUUAUAAUUUGAUUGAAUUAUUUUUGAUUGUGUCAUAAUCAAUAGCUCAUGUUAUUUUAGUGCAAUCUAUGGAAGAAAUGUGUAAGAUUUUAGAUUGUAUUGAUUAUUAAACUUUUUAUUUGUUACUGUAAUACUCAUGUUUUAUUUAAUUUUUUAAAAUAUCACUUUACAUAGAAAAUGUUAAUAAAAUUGUUUUUUCUCUUUAGUUAAUAAUUUUUUAAAGAAGAUGGAGGAGCAAUCCUGUAUGAAAAUAUCUUUAACUUUAUAAAUUUAUAAAUUGGUUCUUUCCAAAAUAUAAUUGAUUAUAUGCAUACAUAUGGUGGUGGUAUACACAUCACCAUAUUAUGUAAACAUAUUGUUUUAUUUAAACAUAUAAAAGAAUUUAGCUUUUUUUAUUGUAAAGUUUCUUAUGUAUUAUGAAAUCAUAGAUUUUUUGAUUAUAUAUAGCCCGAACACCAUCAUUGUCAAUGGCAGCAGCUGCCACAACUCCUGCAACAAUAAAACAACAACAACAACAACAACAACAGCAUCUUCCUCAUCAUCUGCUACAAGUGCAGUUGCUGCUGAUUUGUCAUAUGAGGCUUUUAUAGCCUACAGGAGGAGUCAACCAGGACCCAUAUCCUACAGGGCCCAUAGGAUAUGGGUCUCAAAUAAUGGGGCAGAUCUCCCCUCUUUUCGUUGGGGGAGAAGAAGAAGAAAUGGGAGGGUGGGACAAUUGCAUCCUGAGCCGACGAUGUAG